CGAAAGCGGAGAAAGCGAAAACCCCAAACGGACGCAGAUUGCCGUUCAUGAUCCGGCUCUUUAAAAUAACGCAGUAGAAACGGAGAGCGAUCUGAACACGGUCUGCAGAUUUCAACGAGGUGUGGUGUGAGCGCGAUGAGCGUUCAUGGCCCGUAAUCCGACGGGAUAUCCGACAUUUGUGCCGUAUCCAGCGCAUGCCGACAAUCCGUCCGGAGAUCCCUCUCCCUCUCUCUCAUGGCAUUCAUGUUUUAAACCAACCAAGCCGCCUCUGCUGCUCCGAUCCGUCUCCCUCUGUUCCAGCAGUCAGGAUGGAGGCCGCCGCAACACUUCCGCCGCUGCUGCUCCUCAUCCUCCUUGCUGCGACUGCGGUGCCGGCUCCGUCGCACGCAUGGGGAGUCGACGGCCAUCUCAUGGUCUGCCAGAUCGCACAGGGCCGUCUGAGUGGCGCGGCGGCCGCGGCGGUGAAGGACCUGCUGCCGUCCUACGCCGGCAACAACCUGAGCAGCCUCUGCUCCUGGGCGGACGACGUCAAGUUCAGGUACCCCUGGUCGUCGCCGCUCCACUACAUCGACACCCCCGACGGCCUCUGCACCUACCGCUACGACAGGGACUGCAAGGACGAGGACGGCGUCGAGGGCCGGUGCGUCGCGGGCGCCAUCAACAACUACACCUCCCAGCUCCUCGCCUACCGGAGAUCUUCACCCACUGAGUAUAACCUAACGCAAGCGCUCCUCUUCCUCUCGCACUUCAUCGGAGACAUACACCAGCCACUUCACGUGGGGUUCACCUCCGACAAAGGAGGGAACACCAUUGACGUCCACUGGUACACAAGGAAGACUGUUCUACACCAUGUUUGGGACGCCAGCAUCAUCCAGACGGCCGAAGAUGACUUCUACGGCGACAGCGUAGCCGGGUAUAUCGACACCCUGAAGAAAAAUAUAACGGGAGAAUGGUCGGAGCAAGUGUCUAGCUGGGAAGCGUGCGGUACGAACCAGACUGCAUGUCCAGACAUAUAUGCGUCUGAGAGCGUCGCUGCAGCAUGCGACUGGGCGUACAAGGGAGUCGAGGAAGACUCAACCCUAGAAGAUCCCUAUUUCUCCAGCAGGCUGCCGGUAGUCAGCCUGAGGCUAGCGCAAGGCGGCGUCAGAUUAGCCGCCACUCUGAACAGGAUUUUUGGAUAAUGGUGGAGUACAUUUACUAUACAUGGAACUAUUAUGGAAUUAAAUGAUAUAUAUAACUAUUGGUUUCUCAGCAAAACUUGUCAAGCAGUGACGUUUUUCCUUCCUUUUAAAAGCGAUUGUCUAGAGAUUCUCA